AUAACCUGCUAAAGGCCGCUGAAUCAGUGAUGAAAUGAGUGAUGAUACUUCCAGUUUUUCAGUUUUGCCAUGGACGACACAUGCGCCCCAUCAAGAUUUUGUACCCGAAUGUUCUCGUAUUUUUGUCAAGGAAACUUACAGUUUAUUCAUCUGUUGGCGAGAUACCAAGGCUUUAAUUUUUGUUCUUCAAUCCAAAAUUGAAAAUCUGUCAUCACAAAUACCAAUUUACAAUCAGGCCAUUGCAUCUAGAGUACAAAUUCUAGACGUAAUUGAAGUAAACAGUAGCAUCUUAAUUGUCAGUCACACAGGUCUUUUCCAAGCAAUACACUCUGAAGGCAAGCGUUCUUGGGAAGUAUUGGACUCUCUUGGAGACUGUAAAAAGUUGUUGUUGACUGAUGCCUUUGAGCUGUCACAUCUGAAGAAAAUUUUAUCAGUGACCACAAUUCCAGAUAUUGGUUGUGCUUCUCUCUCUAGCUACUUUGCUGCAAUAACUUACUCCUCAGAUAGCUGUAAAAUUGAUGCAGAACUCUAUUCAGUUUCGCAUGUACCGUCAUUUAAAUGUCAACUACAUGCAGUAAUUUGCAUUAGUAACAAUGUACCUGAAAUAAGAGAGUGUUUCUCUACUUUUCUCACCCGUGACCAAUCUGCUGCUAUUUUUUGUGACUUGCCGGAUGCAGAAAUUUUACUCAUUGGUCUGGAUAUUGGUCAAUUGUUUUGCUUGCCAUGUUAUCUCUCUGGAAAAAAUUAUAGGAUCAAGCCAAGUCCAAAAUUAAUAUAUCAAUCAAAAUGGCCUAUUGUUGGACUUGCUUGUCCUGCAGAUGGUUUUAAUAUCUAUUUAUAUUUGAAAAGUGGAACUGUGGUUAAUAUUUCACCACUUGAUAAACAGUCUGGAAAACUGGAUCAUUCGUCCUUAUCUUACACCUCCUUUUCUUUGCCAUACCCAGUCAAGGUCUUUGGGGCUCCUAAGUUAGACGUUUUCUUUGUUUCUGAUGCUAUUAACACCAGCAUGGUUCAUAUAAUUUCCCCCAACCAAGUGGAUAUUCAAACAAUACCUGUAAAAGGGGUCACAGCUCUAACUGCGGUUCCAAAUACAAGUUUGGUAUUAGCUUCUACUUUUCAUAAUUCAUAUUAUUUAUUGGACCCAUUUAACUCAGUGAAAAAAUCAAAGGGCAUCUCUCAAUCAUGGGCAGGAUGUAAUCUUGAUGUUUCACUUCAACUUGUUGAAGAUAUGAAAGUUCAGAUCCAGAUGCUCUCACAAAUAAAAAAGGAACUUCAAGAUGAGUAUCACAUUAUCAAUGCAUUAUCUACUGUUGCACGCGCUCAUCUUUUGGCUGAUCAGUUUUCAAUCAGUGCCAAGGUGUUAAGAACUUUUACUGAACAAGACAGUAAAAGCAAAGACACAGAAAUAAGGUUUAAGUGUCCUGUGUAUCAAAUUUCAAUAGAAAUCAGGAAUAAUUCACCUGAGGAGUUUGCCCCAUUUCUUUGGGUAGUUAGUAUUGAUGUUCAAAACCCAGAUGGUCAAACAUUUUCAAAGAAUAUUCCACUGACUAGGACAUUCGGUAAAAACCUUCCAUUUACUGCACUUUUAGAUAUUCCCUACAUAUAUGGAAAGUUAUGUUUUCCAGUCUUCAUCAGAACCAGUCUUGUAGGGAAAAUUGAAGAUAAGAAUUGUGAAAACCAGUGGUUAAAAGUGCGCCUUGGUGGGACCACUUUAGAUGUCUCCCACUUCUUCACAGUAUCAAUGCAAGCACCUCAGCAGUGCUCCAGACCUGCAUUGGAUGUACUGGAAUUUUCAGAUCAAUUCCAACUUCAGGAUAGUACACCAUCAGAGGCAAAAAAAGACCUGAAGAGAAAGGCAAUGAUGACUUCUUACACAAUACCAGUUCUAGAGGAAUAUCGCCAACCCCAAUUUAUUUUUGAAAAACUUCUAUCUAACUGUCACCACAGUCAAAAGUUAUUGAUUGAAAAAGACUUUUAUAAUCAAAGUGAUAAAACUGUGAUAUGGUUGUAUAUUCUCCAUGAAACAGUUCAAUUAUUGUUUCGAAAAUCAUGUACAUCAGUUACAAUCAGUUGCUGUAAUUUAGAACUGUUGCAUUCAGUCAAACUAAGUUUAUCCACAAUGCUUAGUGGUGAUGGUUCCAGGUCCGUAGUACACCAUACCACACUUGGUGCUUCCGCUGAUACUGCUCAUUGCAAAGCCAAGAAUUUAAAUGCAGUUUUGGAAAUAUUAUCUCUUGAAGAGGCCAAGGAUAUAAAGCAGCUCCUAGAAAUAUACCAGGAUCUUCGUAAUAACGUCUCAUCCCAAAUAUAGUUAGAUGGGGACAAUUGAUUGUUAUUGUUGAUUGAUUGGAAUAAAAAUGAACUUGUUGAAAAACAUCAAAAUUAGACAUUAAAAAUCAAACUCUUCCAAAAAACAAUAUAA